AUGCAAGGCGACGAAUCCCUGGUGUCAGUCAUGACAGAACUAAAUCUGAACAAUCAAUUACUUUUGCAAGAUAUCCUCUGUGUUUAUGGCCACAUUGCCAUUGACAAUAAGAUCUCUCACAUAAGGCUCACUACAUUGGAUGACUUACACAUGACACUCCAAUUCAAGCACGCGGACAUUCCAUCGUUGGUAGAGAAGAUUAUUCAAGUAGACAAUGACCAAGACGAUAGUGAAGCAGAUAUGAAAUCGAGAUUACUAAGGAUGGGGGAACAUGCUGCUAUGAAACGGGGGUUAUCAACUGUUCAAGUUAACGAAAUGGCAUAUCCAGGUUCUAUCUUGGAAUAUUUAAUUAUAUUUGGUGUAUGCUUACCCACGUUAUGUUAUAAAUUUAGAAAAUUGUUAUAUUUUGGGUUCCAGUGGAUUCCCCUGCCUCAGGAUUUAUCCAAUUUGUUGCUGAAAUUCCUAGAUAAUGAUAGUGUGUUAUUGAGCAUUAUUGUGUUGGAAUUAAUUAUUCAUUUGGGAGAGACUUUGCUCUUAUUGAGACCGCGCUUGGAAUAUUAUAGAGUUCCCAAUGAUUUCCUAAUUGAAUGGUACUUUUUUGGCCUCUUAGAGGGAUAUGCACCGGUAAGGCGGUUGGAGAAACUAGCUAAGAGGAAACUCAACUCUUAA